AUGGCGUCGAUUGAUCACAGGAAUAUUGAAUCUGAAGAGGAAGAAGUUAGAAUUUUGUCAACAUCUGAUCCCUUACUCGGUGAUCCACCGGCGUAUACCAUCAUGCCGGUUCCACAGCGCCAUAACUCGCCGUCGCCGCCUGUGGAAGUUAAUCUGUUCAAGGAAGAGCCGAUGGAGAACGAUUUGGAGGGUUCGAUUCCUGUAGCCAUCGUCCCAAUGCCAACAUCUAACAAACAAGUUGCAGUGGCCACGCCGCGGAGGGCUUCGAAAGACCGUCACACCAAGGUGGAGGGACGUGGCCGGAGAAUCCGCAUGCCGGCGGCCUGUGCUGCUAGAAUCUUCCAGUUGACAAGGGAACUUGGCCACAAAUCCGAUGGGGAGACGAUUCGGUGGUUGUUGGAGCAUGCUGAACCGGCUAUUAUUGAAGCCACUGGCACCGGAACGGUUCCGGCAAUCGCCGUUAACGUUAACGGGACGUUAAAAAUUCCGACCACACCAAGCGAUAGGGAAGGUGCUACGAAAAGACGGAAAAGGGCUUGUAACAGCGAGUUUUACGAUUCAGCGUCUUCCAAUUUUGCCCCUGUGGCGCCGAUUGCUCCGCAAGGUCUUGUCCCCGUUUGGACCAUGGGUGCACCACCCACCACCGGCGGAGCUUUCUUCAUGAUUCCACAGAACGGGAUGGUCGGACCGUCCUCCACCCAUCAUCCCCAGUUGUGGGCCAUUCCCGCCGGUGCAACACCCUUUUUCAGUAUGGCGGCAAGACCGAUUUCUAAUUUUGUGUCAGCCAUGCAACCCGGUGGUGAUGGAGAAAUUCAAGCACCGUCAAGGUCGGUAUCAAACAACAGCGGGAGUGAAGAAGAUAAGUCAGGGAGAGUUUCAACAACCAUGGCACCAAGCUCAAGCUCGGUGUCGACGGCUCAGAUGCUGAGGGAUUUCUCGUUAGAGAUUUAUGACAAGAGGGAGCAUCAAUUCAUGGUUGGUUCUUCCAUAGAUCAAACUCCAUCUCCAAAACCUUCAUCAUAAUCAUGGUAGUUAAAUUUCUUACACAAAAUGUUAAUCUUUUAGGUGAAAUGUUCUUUGUAAAUGGGAAAAAGGGGAGGCUUUUUAGAUGAUGAAAUCGUGAAAAAAAGUAUACUUUUUGUUGCACAAGGUAUAGAUUUUUAAUGGCUUUUAGAAAGGCAACUUGAAAUGUUAAUCUCCUAAUUUUCUACAGGAUUAGAACAG